AUGAUACCUCGCCCCGAGAUCCAACGUCGCAAGUUCGAAGAGCUGCACCCCAGAGACCGCAAUGUCAAGACCAACCGCAAAACCCGUAUCGAAGCCAACUGGGGCUGCAGCGUUCAAGACUGCAUUCCAAUGAAGAUCCGCCCCCGUGUCGAGCUCAAGAAGGGAGCCAAGAUCCGCGUCGGCGAUAUCGCUGGCAGUGAGGAGAUCUGGUGGAACUGGAGCGUUGAACUCCUGCGUGGCCUCGAAGAGCUGUCGACCCUGAUGGCUGGCAAGCCUGAAGUUGCUGAGGCACUCAUGAUGCACGAGGUCCAGAAGCGUCAGUCGGAUGGCAGGAACCCGCAGAGAAAGGUCGCCGAACUACUGCUCGGUGACAUCCAGCGUAUCGUUGACAAUGUCAAGCGACACCAGGCUCAAGCUGCUGAGCUUGGCAAUGGUGACCAGCAGCAAGACACUGGCAUGGCGGAGCUCGAGCCUAAGCCGGAAUUCAGCAUCAACAAGCAAGAGGGAGAGGCUCAGGUUGGAGCCCCUGAGUACUCCGAGAACAACUUCUCUCCUGAGAACAUGCCUCCCUACCCCCCUGGCGCUGCGUACAACCACGAGGGCACUUACCAGGUCGACAACACACCUCAGAUGAAGACUCUCAGCUUGAUCAACAACCCCGCUCGCCUUGCUAGUGUGCGUAUGCCCCAGAGCACCAGAGACCUCAACGCCGGCCUGCAAGUCGACGCUAUGGAGAUGCGCGCCCGUGCCCACCGUCUCCGUAGCCAGGCUAUGCGCCUUGAGGCCGAGGCUUUCGAUCUCGAGUCGGAAGCCGCCAUCGCCAGAAGAGGACCUGACGCCUGA